CGACGUGCUCGCACUAGGACCCAGGCGCCAGAGCGCCGCCGUCUGUCCUGUAGGUUCAUUCAAUCUCCCAUACACACAGACCCACUGCGAGACCGACACACACUCACUCACAGUCAGGCACGCAACUGCACUCGGCGAGGCUCGGGAAGUCAGGUCGCCUCCUCGCCUCGGCGCCUCCUCCGCUCCAGCCAGCCGGGUCUCCUCUGGGGCCCGGAGCUUCGCCGGGCCGCGCAGCCCUAGAAGAGGACGAGCUCGGCAGACCCCGGUCCCUCCAUGGGCAAACGCGGGCGGCCGCGCAAGGAGGCGCGCUGCGAGGGCGCAGGGCUGGCCCCCACCGCGCCCCCGGCUGUGGCCGCGCCUCAGCCCCCUGCCCAGCCCGAGGAGCCCGCGGGGGCCAAGCUCAGGUGCCCCUUCUCGGACAUUUUCAACACCAGCGAGAACUCGAUGGAGAAGCACAUCAACACUUUUCUGCAGAAUGUGCAGAUUCUGCUUGAGGCCGCCAGCUACCUGGAGCAGAUCGAGAAAGAAAACAAAAAGUGUGAACAUGGCUACGCCUCAACGUUUCCCUCCAUGCCGAGCCCCCGGCUGCAGCAUUCAAAGCCCCCACGGAGGUUGAGCCGGGCGCAGAAACACAGCAGUGGGAGCAGCAACACCAGCACUGCCAACAGGUCUACACACAAUGAGCUGGAAAAGAAUCGACGAGCUCAUCUGCGCCUGUGUUUAGAACGCUUAAAAGUUUUGAUUCCACUAGGACCAGACUGCACCAGGCACACAACACUUGGUUUGCUCAACAAAGCCAAAGCACACAUCAAGAAACUUGAAGAAGCUGAAAGGAAGAGCCAGCACCAGCUAGAGAACUUGGAAAGAGAACAGAGAUUUUUAAAGCGGCGACUGGAACAGCUCCAGGGUCCUCAGGAGAUGGAACGAAUACGAAUGGACAGCAUUGGAUCAACUAUUUCUUCAGAUCGCUCUGAUUCAGAGCGAGAGGAGAUUGAAGUGGAUGUUGAAAGCACAGAGUUCUCCCAUGGAGAAGUGGACAAUAUCAGUACCACCAGCAUCAGUGACAUUGAUGACCACAGCAGCCUGCAGAGUAUUGGGAGUGACGAGGGUUACUCCAGUGCCAGUGUCAAACUUUCUUUCACUUCCUAGAACCCAGCAUGAUAUAACAGUGCAGGGCAAAACAUUCACUGGGCCAAUUCAAUCCAAACAAUCUCUUAAAUUGGGUUCAUGAUGCAGUCUCCUCUUUAAAACUAAACUAAACAAAAUCAUACUUGAACAAAAAGGUUAUAAAGACCUCUUUUUAAGCAAAUACUUAGCAAAAGCGGGGUAGAGCCUCCCCAGCAGAACAAAUAUUCAUAAUAUUUAUUUUUGAAAAUCACAAUUUCUAAUGGCAGCAGAAAACUUCCGUGAAAUUUUCUUGAUUUGAUUUGGUUGAUUUGAAAUUGGAAAUUCCAUUCUUUUUUUCUUUUCUAGUUUGCUCCUAGUAUAUUGUGUAGACAUAUUUAAGGAUGGGAUUAUGAACCCUUCCUGAGCUUUAUGGUCCUAAAAACAAAAUCAAAUCUCUAGUGAUGACAAGACAAGAUAAUCAGGCAUUAAUCUUGCAUAGCUAAAGAGCUAUUAAUACUCAACCUGGGCCAGCUUAUCACAAGCCUGUGGAUGAUCAAUUCUUUAAUUAAAAAAAUAAAUAAAAGCUCAUUUCAUGCUCUGCAAAAGGAGAGACUCCCAUGAAGCCUUUUGAAAGGGAUCAUCAUGCAGCUCAGCUUUCUGUUGGAUUCCAUGCUAAGCAAGCUAACCUUAUCCUGCCUUGUUAGCACUAGGGCACCAACCCAACCGCCAGCUCCACAGUUAGCCACCCUUUAGGCCCUUGGGCAGCAUGGGGGCAGUCCAUGCAUGACAGCCUCUACCACACAGGGCCUGUGCAUUUGGAUCGAGGGGCCAGAAGGGGAAGUUCCACGUGCCUCUUUGUCUGCGUGGGCCAGAAGAGUUGUGCACGCAGAUUAGCAGGCCAAGGUCUGAGCCACGGCAGCAUUUUUAUUUCAGAUUUUUGAUAACUGUUUGUAUGUGUUGAAAACCAAAAUGACAUCUUUUUAAAGCUUGUCCAUAAAAAACAUAGAUGUCUUUUGUAGUGGAAAAACGUGGGAAAAAAUCGUCUAUUUUGAUGCAGCAUUUGAUAAUGAUAAAACACCUCACACCUCACUCUUUAUAGUGCACAAAGUGAAUGAGGUUUGGGCUAGGUAGAAAAAAGGUCAGUGCUGUUUUUGUUUUCUUUUAUAAUCAUUAUCUUUUACCAGCUUUUAACCAUUUCAUAUCUAUAGUAGACACACUAUCAUAGUUAACAUAGUUAAGUUCCACAUUUGUCUCAUUUUAAUGUAAAGAUUUGCUUCCGGUUUUCUACAGGCAGGCAGUCUCUCUCCUUCCUUACAGUCCCACUGUGCAGGUGCUAUGGUUGCUCUUAUUAAUAUUUUCAUACAUGUUAUUUUAAGCAAAAUUUCUAGCCUGCACUUUGAUGUCAUGUAUUCCCUUUGUCUUUCAAAUUCCCAAGUUUUCCCUUGCUCUCUCCUCUCUCUCUUACCCCAGGAAGCCUUCUUGGAGACUUUACCCCCUGGCUCUUUGAACUUUGUAUACUUUAAAUAAUUUAACUACCCUUAAUUACUUAAAAAAAAAGCUUUAUGAUUUUCAUAACUUAUUGCUGAUUUUAAUGGGUUGUUAAUUUCAGUCCUGUAGUUUUAUUUUGUUUAGCUAGGGCUGGGCAAGGAAAAAGAAAAUAAAGACAACCUUAUUUAGCAGUGCAGUUGAGUUGUGUGUGUAAUGUCAGACUAUCCUUUGUAAAGUAGCACUUUAACAGCUUUCACUGCUUCUGUAUAUGAAGUGUACCAUCUUGAUCAUACACAAUGCCUCAGCAUAUACUUACUUGUUCUUGUGCUCUUCCUGUGCCUCCAGAGAAUUUAUCCUUGAUUGUGCUAUGUUUGAGUGAAAGAAAUUCUUUGAAGUAGAUGUGUGAAAAACUGCAUGCCUUUAGAAGCCCAUUAUUAGAACUUGCUACUUCAGGUGCUGGAGACUUAAGGAAAAACAUAAAUUCAUUUCUGUGGCCCAGGUAAAUUAUUUCUGGUUUCAUUUAAAAUUGCUCUUGGCUGGGUCAAAAUAUUGCUCUGUAUAUUGUAGUUGCUUACUUUGACUUUCCCAAGUAAGACAGUUUGAAGACUCUGCUAAGUACCAUGGAAAGUAAACAGAAGCCAGUGACUAAGCUUCCAUUUUGUUAUUCCCAUGGCAUUCACUUGCAUCACUUGCCUCGGGCUGGAAUUUGGGACUCCAUUCAGGUGAACUUGAGGUGCUGCCAUUUUGUUGUAUGUGUAUUGGAUGGUGGGCUGAGGAGCCUUUGUCACACACCUAGAGUACCUAUUUCAACUGCCCCCUAAAUUACUCCUUCCCUGGGUUUGUUUUACUUGGGGGAGGGGAGGUGGAUUGUAUGAGUAAGAAGUAUUAAUUUUUUAAAAGACAAAUCGACUUUGAAGAUACAAAAGUUAAUUGCAAGAAAUAAAAAUUGUGAACGAAGAAUACCUGAGUGCUUUUUGUACCACCCUUCUCUAUGAAGGAAAAAAAUACAAACAAGCAUCCACACUUCGAGAGGCAACUGUUAUCGACAUGUCUGUGUUGAUACUACUUCAGUAGUCCAGAAUUAAUGGCAGUUUGAAUCUUUGCCAGUUCUAGAACUGAAACAGGUGCUUUUCUGAUUGAUAACUCUUCCUAACAUAACUGCACAUGGUUUAUUGUGUGUGGUAAUCUUUAACUGCUUCAGGUAGGACACACAGCCAUUUGUCACUUAUCUGUUCUCCAAAUAUCAUUUUUAAGGGAUCCCUUUGGUAGCACAUACUCACAUUGAAAACAAGUCUGAAGUUCCUGUUUAGUCCCAACUGACCUGACCUAAGGUAUCCUGUAUGUAAAACACCUGAGUGAUGAUGGUACAGGUAAAUCCUGUCUCAGCGCAUGUUACCAAAGAUUCAGAUGAUGUCAUUGUUAGUUUCUGAUUAGAAAAGGCUGUAACUCCGCCAGUGACCAUGAUAGCUUUUAGGAUUAUGAAGGCAUUUUUAGUGAUGAUUAUUGAGGCAAAGCUCCACACAGCUUCCUGGGUCAUUUCCAAUGAGAAAAUUGUUUAGCCCCUUAGGGGAGGUUUUCUGCUAAGUUUUUCUUUUACUUGGAGCAACUAGCUGCCUUUUUCUUUCACCCUCCACCGAAAAAAUUUCAUACUCUCUACCAAAAACAGCAUAAUAUGGUAAGAACAAGGGUUUUGGUCACUUUAAUUCUCAGUUCUAGUAUUUGUUAAGGACCCUGGGCAAGUUACUUAAUUUCUUCAUGGAGACUGUUUUUCCUGAAAAGUUGUGAUAAAUACUACCUCUAUCUCAAAAGGUUGUAAGGAUUAAAAUUGAUACGCGUAAAUUACUACCCCCUCUUCAGUCUAGGAGUUUGUAGCACCAAAAUGGUAUUAAGAGGUAUGUACUUCUCUACUUCCUCUGAUGAAUGCAAUCUUCUAAUCUCCCCAUCCUUGAUCAUGAGUUUUAGUUACUCUGACUGUAGGUCUUGCAGAGGACUUUCUAUUAAAUAAAAUGGUUCGUUUUCACAAAAUUCCAUGGCAGGUUAUACUUUGUAAGAAGUCAAGUUUGAUGUCGUAUAGAAUUUUUUAAAUAAAGCCUUUAUAAGAUUGA